AAUCGAGAGUAGCAGUUUAAUCUUCCCCCCUCCCCUUCCAGGGUAUGAUGGACGUGCAAGGAGUUCGGAGGAGUGGGUGUUGUCAACAUCAGGUUUUGAGCGCAAGACCUGCAGGUGAUAGAAGGCAUUAGCAUCCGCGAGACACUUCGCUUAUCUUCUUCUCCAUCUGAAUUUCACAAAACGAUUAUGUGAGGCUGAAAGCUCCGGUGGAUUGGUUCAAGGUGAUACAAAAAUGGCUUCUUCAACAGCACAAAUUCUCGGCGGGAUGGGGUUUGUUGGGUCUUCCCCGACCCCGGGGAGAAGACCCAGUUUCUCCUUCGCCCCAAAGACUGUAUUUGUAGGCCAAAAUUUGGGCGAUGUUUCCAAGACGGCGGCUUUCCUGAGGUACAAGCGUGGUCCGGCGAGGAGGCACUCCACCAGACCGGUGAGGGUCGUGAGCGAGAAGGAGGUGGGGAUCGAUUUGGGGACGACGAACUCGGCCGUGGCGGUGAUGGAAGGAGGCAAGCCGACGAUCGUCACCAACGCUGAAGGGCAGAGGCGACGCCAUCUGUGGUGGCGUACACCAAAAACGGCGACAUGUUGGUUGGGCAGAUCGCCAAACGUCAGGCCGUCGUGAACCCGGAGAACACUUUCUUCUCCGUUAAGAGGUUCAUUGGCAGGAAGAUGUCCGAGGUUGAUGAGGAGUCGAAGCAGAUUUCUUAUAAAGUGGAUGGAUGGAU